AUGAGGCCGUCGUGCGAGGCUUUGAUGGACGUGGCCGUGGCAGGCGCCAUGGAGGUGGACACAUCCGUCAAGGCAUCAGCGAUCCACGCUCAGCUCCGGCAACAGGGCAUCGUCGUCAACCUCCGACAGGUGUCGCGCGCGAAAAUGAACGUGGCCAAGAGAAAGCAACUCGAGAGCGAGGGCGAUCUGGGUGGGGCGAUGCAGCGGCACCAGUAUCUUCUGAAGGGUGCAGGCACUAGCGGUGGCAGUAGCGCUGGCGGCAAGCGGCGCAAGAUCGGAGCGAUGGCGGCUGCUGCGGCGGCACCGGUAGCGGAUAUUUCUCAGGAGUCGGACCACCAGAUCGUCCACAAGGCGGCGCAAGGGCGUGUCGACCUCCACCGCCUCGAGCAGGCCGUGGGGGGUGACUGCGAUCGCGCCGUGCGACUACGGCGGGGCGCGUUGGAGCGUCUCAGCAAGGGAACCGCUGCGCAGAGUGCGCCUGGUGCUGAAGGCGGCACCGUAUUGUCGAAGCUUCCCUUCGAGGACAUGGCCUACUCUCGGAUCUAUGGCAAGAAUUGCGAAAACGUGAUGGGGUACGUGCCGGUGCCAGUCGGCGCCGCGGGGCCCCUCAUUGUCGACGGAGAGAAGGUCUGGAUACCUCUCGCCACCACAGAGGGGGGCCUGGUGGCGAGCGUGAACAGAGGCUGCCUGGCCAUUUCGGAGGGCGGCGACGGCGGGGGGUGGCGCAGCAGCACCAGCGGCGGCGCUCGGACGGAGGUGCUGGACGACGGAGUGACCAGGGCCCCCUGCAUCGCGAUGCCCAACAUCCGGCUAGCCUCGGAACUGCGGCGGUGGGCGGAGCGCAGGAGCGGGGAGGAUGCUGGCUACCCCUUGCUGUUCGACGCCUUCCAGUCCACCACCAGCCACGGCUCGCUCACGUCCGUCACGGCCUCUCUGGCAGGCCGGCACGUGUACCUGCGGUUUAAGUGCACCACAGGGAACGCCAUGGGCAUGAACAUGAUCAGCAAAGGCUGCGAGGCCGCGGUGCGAGAGAUCCAGAAGCGAUUCAAGCAGGCGAGGCUAGUGGCGUUGUCGGGCAACGUGUGCACCGACAAGAAGGCGUCCGCGCAGAACUGGGUCGAAGGGCGAGGAAAAUCUGUAGUGGCCGAGGCGGUACUGUCGGCGAAAACCGUGUCGUCCGUCCUCAAGACCACGGUGGACCAGAUGGUGGAGUGCAACAUCUCCAAGAAUCUCGUCGGGUCGGCCAUGGCCGGGAGCAUUGGCGGCUUCAACUCGCACGCCGCGAACGUGGUAGCCGCCGUCUUCCUGGCCACGGGUCAAGACCCCGCCCACACCGUCGAGGGCAGCAGCUGCAUCACGCUCAUGGAGAAGGUCAAGCCCGGCGAGGAAGGGAGCGGCGGCGGCGGCCGACCCGGCGACCUCCGCGUGACGGUGACGAUGCCGUCGCUUCUGGCUGCGACUACCCCGAAUGCUAGGGCCGGCGACAGUUCGGUGGGCGCAGCGGCGGAAACUCCCCUGCCGCCAGCUGCAACUCCAGGAAAAGGCAAGGGCAAGGCACCGGGGGGGGGGGCUAGGAAGUCCGGCGGCGGGGGUGGUUCACCAGGAAGUUCGUCCGCCGGUAACCCCCGAGAGAAGGGCGCCAGGCGCUUGGCUUGCGUGAUUGCGGCGACCGUGAUGGCGGGAGAGCUGUCCCUGUUGGCGGCGUUGACCUCGAACGACCUCGUCAGGGCACACAUGGCCCUGAACAGGAAGAAGGGGGGUGCGCCUGGUGCCAGCGCCGGCGCCGUCGGCGCUGGUAGUGUCUUUUUUGGGGCCGCGUUCGCUCCGAGUCCACAAGCGGCACCAGCACCAACACCAGCACCAGCAACCGGACCAGCACCAGCAGCAACUCCUGCUGCCGCUUCGUUAGCGGCUGCAGUACCGGCUGGCGGGUCGACAAGAGCGGCUUCUCCGCGAGCUGCUGGAGGAGGGAGCGCAGCACCCAGGGUCCAACAGCCGGCUGGGGAGAGUGGUACCGGCGGCGGCGGCGGCGGCAUCGAUGCACACGCCGGCGGCAGUGGUGCUGACGGCAGCGAAUCGGGAAGGUUGGAUGUCUUCCCCGCGGCCGCUCCCACGGAGGCAACCGAUGAGACAGAGAGCGAGGAGUCCACCAGCCCGGACCUGCAACAGGAGCACAAGUCCUGA